CAAAACGCAAACGAAACCCUUUAAAUUCUCUCUCUUUCUGUUUUUGAUUGUGACUCAUUAUCUUUGUUUCUGUUUUUUCCUUUCUUCUUCUAAUAUAAAAACCAAAUCAAUCAUUCAAUCUUUCCGUUUCCAAAAACCCUCAAUAAUCGUUUUCGAUCCCUCUUUUUCGUGUUCAGUCGUGAUCGCAGUGAAGGUUUAGCCAUGGCCAAAAACUCGUUCAAGCUCGAACAUCCAUUGGAAAGGAGGAUGGCAGAGUCUGGUCGCAUCAGAGAGAAAUACCCAGACAGAGUACCUGUGAUUGUGGAGAAGGCUGAAAGAAGCGACAUCCCUGACAUUGAUAAGAAAAAAUACCUUGUUCCAGCUGAUUUGACUGUUGGGCAGUUUGUUUAUGUUGUCCGGAAAAGGAUUAAGCUUGGUGCUGAGAAGGCUAUUUUUGUCUUUGUGAAAAACACCUUACCUCCUACUGCAUCCUUGAUGUCUGCGAUCUACGAGGAAAACAAGGAUGAAGAUGGAUUUCUUUACAUGACUUACAGUGGAGAGAACACCUUCGGAUCCCAAUACUAGUUUGUGUAUAUAAAAUUUGGAUGGUGUAAAUUCUCAGAAGUCUCUCUCAAGUCAAUGCCUUACUUGCUUAUCAAAAAAUUGUAGUUAAAUCUGGAUUAGUUUUUGUUGGAAGCAGUUUGAACUUAUAUGGUGUCUUAACAAUGGAAUUUGAAUCUAUGGAAUCAAGUACUAAGUGAUUUUCCAA